AGGGUGUGUGCACAGCAUGGUGAUUAGUGACCCGGUUGAGAGGGUGUGUGUACAGCAUGGUGAUUAGUGACCUGGUUGAGAGGGUGUGUGCACAGCAUGGUGAUUAGUGACCCGGUUGAGAGGGUGUGUGUGUACAGCAUGGUGAUUAGUGACCCGGUUGAGAGGGUGUGUGUACAGCAUGGUGAUAUUAGCAGGGAGCCCUACGCAUACGCGAAUGACUGUUGGGACAUUCUUCCAAAACAUGACGUCACAGAAUUCGUAAAAAAAGACAACUUUUGUCGCAAGCGGGUAGCCUGUCGCAAGCGCGAGACUCAGCAACUAUUACCAGGUGUACGAGAUGGAUGGACGAACAGUUUUCAUAGGGUGAGUACUUCUUUUUCAUGUACUGAUGAUGUAGCACUGAAUGCGGCAAGUAGGACUCGCCCAUCCGCCCCUCACCACCUGAACUGAAAACCUGAAGCGUCGAGGAGGUACUAGGCCGUCUAGGGGCGCUCUGGCGGGAUUUUAUGGUAUAUAUUUUUAAUUAAUUUUACUAUUUUCAUGGUAAUGGUCCUUGCAGUGCAGCGAUAGGUCCUCUUCAGUACUCUAGCAGUCCCAUCAACCGAUCCAUAUUACUAGCUGCCCGCUACAUCAUCUCGGAUUCUAGCAGUAGUAUAGUACCUCCGAAUCCCAGGCACUCGGACUCGGAGCCAGCCAACCAGGACGUAUCGUAAAGGAGCGGGCGUAUUUCCUCGAAAGCAAAACGAGGUGCGGGUCUGUCCAAAACGCCAUGCAUGAAGCUACAAAUAUGACACUAAGCAGCGGUUUGACCAGAGUACGCCGUAUCCGCAUCAGCCUCUGUGGUCAGUUUGGAACCGGCAAGACGAGCCUGGCGGAUUCGCUCAAGAACAAACAGUUCGUGGACAAGAGGGCAAGUACACCGGCACUUGCUGUUGAUCAUGACAAUGUGCUCCACGGAUCAGGAAACCUGACGGAUUGGAAGUUCCAUGCUGCAUUCCUCUAUACUCCGGACAUCCUUGUCCAGGCUAAAGAUCUUGAGAAAAAACACCAGCAACGGGAACAAGAAGCGGCAAUCCCGAAAAUCCCGAAGCGAUCUGGGUCUACAGGCCUCCAGCGUACGGGAACAGCGACGCAAGAGGCAGCAUCACCAGCUGCAAAGCAAACGUUAAAACUUGGCAAAGGUCCAGAAGCAGCACCCAGCUCAGCUGAAUUGACACAGAGCCUCAUCAAUGUCAUCUUGGAGAACCAAGAGCUGAUGCGAGACAUUGGAGAAGAAGAAGUCGUGGUGUCCAUUUGGGAUUGCGGCGGCCAAUCAAUCUUCUCAGGCCUGCAGCAUUUCCUAAUGGGUAAAGAUUACGUCAUCUAUAUUCUCUGUUUCAACGCCUCAGAAAACUUCCAGCUCACCAAACAGCAGAACUACUGGAAGUGGAGUACACUGUCUGAAAUGACUCUGGACGUACCGGAGGAGCUGGAGAACAUCGACCACAUUCGGCACUGGCUAACAGCCAUCCACUUUGCCAGCAACCCAGGCAAGGCUGUGGAAAGCGAGGCGUUUGACUACCCGCCUGUGAUAUUGGUGGGGACCUUUGCCGACAAGCUGUCGACAGAUAGGACACUUUCAGAGCACAAGGUUGAUAUCUUCAAGAAGCUGGGAAAGCUCUACCGCCGGUCACCAACUUUCCAGGGUAUGCUUGAGAGCGAUGACAUUGAUCCCGCAGGGUUGUUCCUUGUGGACAACCACGAGUCCGGAGCUUCUCAAGAAGUUCAACGAAUCCGAAAGAAGCUACAGGAUGCUGUUUCAUCGGUGCUGGCAAACAAGAAGAUUCCGACGGAAUGGGUUCGCUUUGAGAUGAUACUGGAGUAUCUCAAGAAACAACCCGCCCAGGAUGGCUACACAACACGAGGAUGGAUGCAGACACUGGUGGAGAAGGCCUGCAAGAUCCAGGAUGACUCCGGCAUGGACGGUGCUCCAUCCGAAUUUGAGCGUCUUCUUCGGUUCUACAACGACCUACGUGUCAUCAUCUAUCGGCCGGCAAACAAGAACUCGCCGCAGCCUGAUGACAUCAUCUUCCACAACACACAAUGGCUCAUCAGGCAGAUCAACGUCCUCGUCUUUGGCCAUAUGUACCUGGUCGAACCUGGCGGAGGUGAUGGCAGGACGGCAAAGGAAGCAGGGGCAGCAGAAACGGAGUGGCGCGACUAUCUGUGGAAAGAGGGUAUAGCACGCCGGCAACUAAUGGAGUGUGCCUGGAAAGCAGUCAAAAGAGAGGUUCGUAACAAGAUGCUGGAUGUGAUGGUCGACUGGGAUUUUCUGUACAAAUUCGGAGAUGCCUCGCAUGCAAAGUACUUCAUCCCAUCAGCUCUUCAACGUCGACCGCCGAAGAAAAUCGAGGAGGCCCUGCGCAGCUUCCAGCAGGACAAUGAGCCAAACGACGUCAGCUUCUCCACAGCUGACACACCGUUACUGAUCAUGGUUCAGCCACCAGGCAAGGCUCAUGAAGACUUCCUAGGCUACAAGUAUCCCGUUGCGGACACACCGAUGCCACACAGCUCCUACUUCAAGCUACUUGUACGGCUCAUGAGAAAGUGGGAGGUUACAAAUACCGACCGGAGUCACUGUGAGCUCACUUACAACACAGCCAGGUUUCGGCUGUGGCUGCCGGAGCAGCUCCGUGACCAGUUCCCAGGCAAGGUGGAAAUCUUUUUGGCUCACUACGACUCGUCAGGUGCGUCAGAGUCCCGGCCUUGCUACCUGCUGCAUCAGGCAUGGGUAUGCCACCAGCUAGCAGGGGUAUGUGAUCUAUUGGCGGCAGUUUGACCGCGAUCUCGUCUGUCUCUGUCUGUUGACAGAUGCAGUACUAUUAUUAUUAUUCCCUUAAAUGAUGACGUAGGUUAUUCCUGCGUGGAACACACGCUUCCUACCGAACUUGACACUAAGUUCCCUCAAAUGAUGACGUAGGUUAUUCCUGCGUGGAACACACGCUUCCUGCCGAACUUGACACUAAGUUCCCUCAAAUGAUGACGUAGGUUAUUCCUGCGUGGAAUACACGCUUCCUACCGAACUUGACACUAAGUUCCCUCAAAUGAUGAAUAUUUUUAAACAAUCGUGACUUGAUAGUUUUAAUUGCACUACAGCAAUGCCAUGGUGGCAGCAAUUCAAGAAUAAUUUCUUCUUGAUGACAUUGAUGUUGUUUCCCAGUGCAAACAUACAGCAAUUUUGGCAUUAUAAUUCAACCCUUUUAUGAAUUAUCCCCAGACUUUUUCCGUGUUAAAUACCCUUGACAAAUGAAUAUUUUUUUAUCAAUACUUUUGAAUUCCUUGACCCUGUCGUGCAUUUCAAUAUCAAGAAUUCACGUGACAUACCACACUGUUUGUGAACGAAAGAUCAGUGGAAACACAA